CGGCGCCCAUUAUGGGUACAAUAUGGGCUUAUACCCCCAUCAUGUCAGAGCUUGGAGAGCAGCUCCCACAAGUAUAAAGCCAUCCCUGGCCAUGGUUUCCCUCCCAUCUCUGUCUGCAGAUCCACUUUGUGAGCCUGGGUUGGGUUUUAAGUAGAAAUAAAGACCAUGAGAUAUGUGUCUGCCUCUAGAAUGAAGAAGGCUGGCGGAGAGCAGUGUGGGAGAAGAACAUGAGAACGAUUGAACUGCACAACGGGGAAUACAGCCAAGGGAAAUAUGGCUUCACAAUGGCCAUGAACGCCUUUGGUGACAUGACCAAUGAAGAAUUCAGGCAGGUGAUGAAUGGCUUUCAAAACAAGAAACAUAAGAAGGGGAAAGUGUUCCGUGAACCUCUGUUUGUUGAGGUCCCCAAAUCUGUGGAUUGGAGAGAGAAAGGCUAUGUGACUCCCGUGAAGAACCAGGGUCAGUGUGGUUCUUGUUGGGCUUUUAGUGCGACUGGUUCCCUAGAAGGGCAGAUCUUCCAAAAAACUGGCAAACUUGCCUCACUGAGUGAGCAGAACCUGGUGGACUGUUCUCGACCUCAGGGCAAUAAUGGCUGCAAUGGUGGCCUGAUGGAUAAUGCCUUCCAGUAUAUUAAGGACAACGGAGGCCUGGACUCAGAGGAAUCCUAUCCAUACGAAGGAAAGGAUGGAACCUGUAAAUACAGGCCUGAAUAUUCUGUUGCUAAUGACACUGGCUUCGUGGACAUCCCUAAGCGGGAGAAGGACCUUAUGAAAGCUGUGGCAACUGUGGGGCCCAUCUCUGUAGCUAUUGAUGCAGGGCACGCGUCCUUCCAGUUCUAUAAAUCAGGCAUUUAUUUUGAUCCAAACUGCAGCAGCGAAGACCUGGAUCAUGGCGUUCUGGUAGUUGGCUAUGGCUUCGAAGGAACCGAUUCAAAUAACAAUAAAUUUUGGCUCGUCAAGAACAGCUGGGGUCCAGACUGGGGCUCAAACGGCUACGUAAAAAUUGCCAAAGACAAGAACAACCACUGUGGAAUCGCCACAGCAGCCAGCUAUCCCACCGUGUGAGCUGAUGGACGGUGGUAAGGGAAGGUUUGAGGACAGCAUAGCAUGCGUGUCUGCAGGAAUUUUAUCUUAAAACUGACCAACCCCUUAUUGUAUAAGAGUAAACACUUGAAUCGUUGAGGAUCCAAGUUGUGAUUUGAAUUCUGUGACAUUUUUACAAGGGUAAAAUGUUACCGCUACUUUAAUUACUGUUAUAAACAGAUUUAUGAUAUCGAAGACUCGUUGCUUAAUUCUAAGUCUUUUGGAUUUUCAUUUUUUAAAAGGAUAUAUAAAGCUUUACCUUUUAAAAUAAAUUUUAAUUCAACACGUAAA